AUGGAUAAGCCCUGCAGCAACACUGUUGAAACUAGUGUACAUGGAACUAUUUCAAAGAUAAGAAUUGGAAAUAUACGAAUACAUAAAGAAAUUGGAUCUAGAACAAUCAAAAUUAGUGACAGUAAUUCGGUAAAGAAAGGGACAAUUAAAUAUAAUUCUAAUAUAGAAGGAACUUGUUGUAAUAUGAAUGUUUGGUGUCAUCCUGGUACUUUCAAAAUGCCACGUAUGACAAGUUUUAUGUUCCCAAUAUUAUGUAAAUGUGAUGUAAGUCAAAAAAAAUUCGUAGAAUCGGUUGCCAUGAUUCCACGUUUAAAUAUAACGUUUCCAUUAUUAACUCAAGAAACUGUUAUUGGGAUAGAAGCUUUACUCAUCAUGGAUAAAGAAUACCGAGACUUUUUGGUAAUAUAUAUUUAGUUCUUUAAUAAAAAAAAUCAUUUACAAUAACUAACAGUAUAUUAUUUAUAUUCAAGUAUUGUUUUUAUUUAUAUAAGAUUAUAAUUAGGUAUUUAUAAAAAUGAAGUAUUAGUAAUAUUUAUUAUAUUUUCAAUUGUAAAUAUGUCUCAUUACUAAAUAUCUAUUGUAAAUUAAAUUUUAAUGCAAAUUAUAUUACAAUUCUCAUUUAAGGGGAUACUGUACCUAUACCUGUACCUUUACAUAAUUAAACAGCAUUACAUAGCAAAUUUUUGUUCAACAGGUACAACUUUGUAUUGUUCAGUUUAAUUUCAGAAUAAAUUGACCUAUUAACAAACUUAAAGAUAAGAACAUUGUCUGUGUCUUUUCUUUUUGUUCAUUUUAAUUUUUAAGAAAGAUAUGAGUGUGUGUAAUAUCAUGAUUUACAAAAUACUUAUAUCUUGCUUAAAAAAGAGAGUAUAAAUUUGCUACCCCAUCUAUUACCUUAGUCCAACUAUCAAAAAGGGAUUGGUUCCAAAAUAUUUUUCGCUAUAAAUUUCAUAAUAGGUACUUUUACUCUAAAAUCAAAAUUAAGCUAGUUUUAUUUAGUCUGUGUGUUAUUGUUUUUGCAUGUUGCUCAAUAUUUGGACUAAGAUAGUACAUGUAGAUGUGGCAUCUGAAUAUAAUACAUUAUUGUUUUAAAUGUUGUACUUCAAAUUUAAAAAUAUUUUUAAAAAAAACCUUUUUAUAUAAUUUUCCAUAAGCUAUUAUUUAUUUAAACCAUUAUUUAUUCUAUUUUGUUUUUUUAAUUAUGUUUAAUAAUAACUUGUAUUUUUUAUAAUAGAUUGAAGAUUUAUAUUAUUUGGAAAGUGGACCAUUGAUUACUUAUACGAAACGUAUUAUGAAUGUAUUAUUUAGUAAUGUUCUUUUAAGUAAUUAUGCCUUUAAAUCUCAAAGAGUUAAUGAAUCCAUGAAGGAAUCUUUUUCUGAUUUAAAAAUAUGCCAAGUUAUAAUUGGUAAGCUGUCUUAUGAACUAUAAUUCUUAUAGACUGAAUUGCUAAAAAUAAACUUGUUUAAAAAUGAAUUUUCAGAUGCUAUUCGUAAACAUGACAAAUACAAAGAUGACUACUCUGACAUUGAACUAAAAAUAAAAGCAUACUUAACUCAAAUUUGGUAUUCUGUCAAGUUAAGAAAAAAAGAAGAACAUUCAAAAAAGAAUUCUUAA